AAUAUCGUUCUGUAAUACCCAAACUUUGAAACGCCAUGGCAAUGAUCUCCCAGCUUUCUAUCUCUAUAUUGCAAUACGACGCCGUUGGAAGUUAGGAUUCCGUUCACUCUGCUGCAUUGGGGUAAGGUUCGUGAUCCACUUUCCGGUUUUGAUGUGACACUUUGGUACGUUAUUUUUAAAAAAUUUUUGUUGUUAUUGAUUUCUUUUGGUUUUUUAGAUUUCAGGGUUUUGAUUUUAGAGUAUUGUGAGAUCCUGCUGAGUAAUUUGGGCAUUGAAAUUUUCUGUGGCCAAAGUGAAACCAAUGGGGCUUGUUUACUUGUUUUGUUUGGGUAUGAUUCCGGUGAAAUGAUUUUGUGAGCCAGAAAAGAAACCUUUUUGAAGCUAAGGUUUUGUAAGAGAUGGGAAGGGGCUUAGGAUCUGGCAUUUUGCAGGGGAAACCUGAGGAAGAUAAGGUUUUGCCAACCCAAGACAUUGAGGAAAAUAAAGGGGAUGAUUUGAAGCAAAAGGGUUUUGAUUUGAAUGAUGACCCGUUAGUUUCUCCUUUGAAAGAGGUUGAAAUUGAGGAAAAAGAGGAGAGUGAAGAAUGUAAGGAAGAUGGUGAGGUGGGUAAUCUAAAAGUUGGUGAAUUGACUGAGAAUGAGAGGAAAAAGGGUAGGGCGGAGGAUAAUGAAGAUAAUAAAGAAGAUGAUAGUGUGAAGAAAAAGGUCAAGGAGGAAGGCUUGGAUGGUAAAAUGCAGUUUUCUGGUAGGGUUUUGCGGUCAAGCUCUGCAGUGAGGAGUGAGAACGAAGGUGAUAAAGGUGAGAGUGGAGGUGAUAAAACUGAAGAUACCGAUAAUUGUGGGAAGAAAACAGUUGAGGUGGUUAAGGAAGAGAAUGAUCACUCUCAUGAUGAAACAAAGGAGGCGAAGAGAAAAGCCGGGAGGAGACCUGGGAUGAAGUACAGUGAUGGGGAUGAAAAGAAAGCUUUUAGCGUAGAAAGAGGACCCAGCAAUCACUCUGGUGAUGGUAAGGUGGGGAAGGAGGCAAAGCGUAAGCGCGGGAGACCACCCAAGUUUAAGGGGGAUAAUGGGUUUGAGAAGAAGACAGUUGAGCUGCAAUUGGGAGAGAAUGAGUACUCAGAUGGUGAAUUGACGAAGGAGUUCAAGCAUAAGCGUGGGAGACCACCCAAGGUGCUGGUGAAUGGUGGGUUUGAGAAGAAAGCAGUUAAGAUGGAAGCAGGAGAGAGGGAUCAAUUUGAUGGUAAUGUUAGUAAGGAGUCAAAACGUAAGCGUGGGAGACCACCAAAGUUGCUAGGGAAUAGGAAGACUGCAGUUAAUGUGGAAAUAGGAGAGUGUAGUCACUCUAAUGAUGGUGGCAGUAAGAAGUCAAAACAUAAACGUGGCAGACCAACCAAGGUGCAGAGGAAUCAGGGGUUUGAAAAAAAAGCUGAUGAGGUUGAAACAAGAGAGAGUUAUCACUCUGAUAUUGAGACAAGGAAGGAGGCAAACCAUGAGAAUGGGAUACCAACCAGAACUCAGGACAAUGAUGGGUUUGAGAUGAAAGCUGUUGAGGUGGAAAUGAGAGUGGGUGAUCACUUUGAUUGUGAGUUAAGGAAGAAGGUGAUGCGUAAGCGUGGGAGACCACCCAAAGUGCAGGGCAGUGAUGGGUUAGUGAAGAAAUUUCUUGAGUUGGAAAGGGAAGGGAGUGAUCAAAAUAAUAGCAAGGAAAGGGAGGGUAUGAUCCGAAAACGUGGAAGACCACCCAAGCUGCAGGGCGGUAACAAAGCUUUGAAGAGAAGGCUUAUCGAUGGGAGAAAAAAAUUGGGUGGGUUAAGAAGGGGCAGAAUGAAGUUGGGGGGGAGUUUGAAGUUUAAUGUGCCACCAAAUACUUUAUAUUCGGAGAAGAGAUUGAUUGGGAAAGAAUCAAAUGUCAAGAGGUUUAUAUCUGCUAAUAAGGUUAGGUUUAGUGAUAUGGAAAAGAAUGACAGCAAGGCUUUGCUAAUGUUGAGACCUAAGGUUGUGAAUGUGAAACGCAAGGAAAAGAGAGUGAGGAAAGCAGGGGAUGAAGUGGAACAUAGACGGUCAGAUGCGAAACGGGCUGUCAGAGAUCGAAUAGUGAAGAUGCUGAAAGCGGCAGGUUGGACAAUCGAUUACAGGCCUAGGAAUAAUAGACAGUACAAUGAUGCAGUGUAUGUUAAUCCUGAAGGAAGGACUCACUGGUCAGUUACCUUGGCCUACAGAGUGCUUAAAAAGUAUUAUGAAAGUGGUAAAUGUGACUCUAAGGUUAGUCCAAAUGGUUUCAUAUUUACUCCAAUUCCAGAAAAGGAACUUAGCAUCCUAACAAGAAUAGUUCAGAAUAAAAGGCAAGGGAAAAAGAAGCCAAAAGGGGGAGAUGAUGAUACAGUGGAUAAUGGGGAUGUUGAAAAGAAAAUGAAUAAACGAAAAAAGAAAUGGAAGGGCAAUAGGGACAAUGAAGAUGCAAAGAAAAAGAAAAAGAAAAAGCAGAAGCUGCUGAAGGAGAAGAUUUUGCUUUAUGAAGAGGAUAAUUCUGAUGGUACAUUACAAAAGGGAACACAAGUGUCAGGCAAGAAGCUUAAGCUACAACAGACACAAAAUAGAAAGCAGUAUGCUUUGUUGGUUCGCAACUCAAUAAAUGGAUCUGAAUCUAAUAAUGAUGGCUAUGUGCUAUAUGAUGGGAAGCGAACUGUGCUUGCUUGGAUGAUUGAUUUGAGCACUGUUCCACAGGAUGGGAAAGUAGAAUAUUUGAUCCAAAGAAGAACACGAACAGCUCGUGAGGGUAAAUCUGGUAAGAUAACCAGGGAUGGCAUUCAAUGCAACUGUUGUGGUGAUGUCUUCACCAUUGCAGAAUUUGAGACUCAUGCAGGGAGCAAACUACAUCAACCUUUUCAGAAUAUAUGUUUAGAAACAGGAAUUUCCCUCUUGCAAUGCAUGUUAGGUGCUUGGAACAAACAACAGCAGUCUAUAUGUAAGGGCUUCCAUUUUGUAGAUUUUGGUGGUGAAGACCCAAAUGAUGAUACCUGUGGUAUCUGUGGUGAUGGUGGUGACUUGAUCUGUUGCGAUAGUUGUCCAUCAACAUUCCAUCAAAGCUGCUUAGAUAUAAAAGCAUUCCCUUCAGGUAACUGGAACUGUGUCUACUGUACAUGCAAAUACUGUGGGAUGGUUGAAAAUACAUAUCAAAGGGACAAAGAUGAAGAUACAGAUCCUACAGUACUUACAUGCCAUUUAUGUGAAGAAAAAUAUCAUCAACCAUGUAUUCAGCCAAUGGAUGCUUUUGAUGAUGAUUCCUAUAUUGCAUCCUUUUGUGGGAAGAGAUGCAAAGAGUUGUUUGAGAGACUUCAGAUGCUAGUUGGGGUUAAACAUGAACUGCCAGAAGGCUUCUCAUGGACUCUUGUUCACCGCUUUGAUAUCAGUUCAGAUGCUUGUCUCAGUGAAGCAUAUCAGAAGGUUGAGUCAAAUUCCAAGCUAGCUGUUGCAUUAUCUGUGAUGGAUGAGUGCUUUUUGCCUCUUGUUGACCACAGAAGUGGUGUCAAUCUGAUUCAUAAUAUUGUCUAUAAUUUUGGGUCAAACUUCACUAGGCUAAACUACAGUGGUUUUUUCACUGCAGUUCUAGAAAGAGGGGAUGAGAUUAUCUCUGCAGCUUCCAUCAGGAUCCAUGGAAACCAGUUAGCUGAGAUGCCUUUCAUUGGGACGCGGUUUACUUAUAGGCGUCAAGGGAUGUGUCGCCGGCUUCUUUGUGCUAUUGAAUCUGCUCUCAGCUCUCUGAAUGUUGAGAAAUUGGUCAUACCUGCAAUCCCAGAACUCAGGGGAACAUGGACUUCAGUCUUUGGUUUCCAGCCCCUAGAAACUGCAAGCAAACAGAAGAUGAGGAACAUGAAUAUGCUGGUCUUUCCUGGUGUAGAUAUGCUACAGAAAUCAUUGAUGACGCAUGUUAUGGAGGACCAGAUCAUAGGUGAAGGGUCCAAUAAAUCUGGAGAGAAGUGUUCAGUUGUGUUUGAUUUGAAUGUUUCUGCCGAAAGUCCCCCUCAAACAGAUGAGAGAAGUGAUGAACCUCCUGCUGUUGAAUCAACAUUGGUGCUUCCUAAUGGCACCUUGAAAUAUACAACUGAUGUAAUGGGUCCAGAAUCUGCUAUUGUUUCUUGUUCCUGCAAUCCAGCACCUGAAGAAUGGAAACUGGAAUUUGACUCUCAAUUAAGCAUAUUUUCUGAGGAGAAAUUUGAUGAAAGCAUUGUUAAACAGAACCUUGAUUCUAAGUAUGAGGGUUCUGUCAAACACUCCGAAGAUAUUGUCUGUGCCGAAAAUGAAGUGGCUAUUUUACCCUUGUCAAAGGUUGCUGGUGAGAAUGUUGUUACUAAUGAUUUUGAUGGUACAACUCAGAUGUCAGAGGAUGCAAAUGACAUCAAGCAGUAUGAAAAUUUAAAAUUACAGGUGGUAGAAUGUCUUUCUGAUUCUGAUAAGAUGGUCCAGAAGACAGAAGUAAAAAUUUGCCAUGCUAUUGCCAAAGAUGUGGCCAACCAAACUUCUCCAUCGGCUCUCCCAAGUGCUCAACAUCUUGCACAUGGCCAUUAUGAUGUCUCAUCCAAUGACCGUAAAAGUAGUCCUUCCUGUCAGUGUGACGGGAUUGGUGCUUCUGGAGAAGUCGGGACUCCACUUGAUGUAAAUUUUCUUACUUGUGAGGGUUGUAAUGAUACCUCCAAAAACGAAAACUUACAGCUGUGCAUGCACAUGUCUGCGGAGGUUGUAUUGGCUGGUACUGAGGUUGCUGUGACCAACAUCCGUGACCAGAGAGAAAUAUCAACUGCAACACAGUCUGAUUUCUCUGAAGGUAAUGUAAUUACUAAUAUGGCUUCGAUGAAUACCAAAUCUCCUGGGCGCCCUGUAUCUAGUUCUCAGGUUGAUCACCCUCAAGCUGCACCAUAUGAUUCUGAAUCAUUUUGCAACUCAAAUUCUUAUUCUGGAGUGGCUCUUCACUGUGCAUCUGUAGGGGGUGAAUCACGUGGAUCUGAUCUGAGGUGAUAGUUUUGUCUAACCAAGCUAGCUAACCUCCAUUUUGUUUAUAUUUCCGUUUGAGCUCAGGUGUCUUUCAGAUGGCAGCUGCUGGUUAAGUUGCUAGACUUCCGCAGGCAUACUAAUCAUGUUCAUCCAUUAUGAUCUCAGUAUAGAAUUUUUGGUGAUAUGAAUUACAAGGAAGAAUUACCAUUUCGAGCGGGGGUGCCAUGGCAAGCUUUAGUUGCGUACUCUAAUUCUUUUGCUGUGUACAUUAUAGGCCAAUAGUAUUCUCGAGGGUAGCUUAACGCCAUUGAGGUGUGGGGUAGAGGCAUGGUUAACAAAUCAAAGAAAAAAAAUCAAAUAGUACUCUCGAGGGUAUGUUAUCCUGAUCUGCUGACCAACAGCAGAAAAAAAUGACCUCAUCAGUCAUAGAUCCAAUGCUUUGGGUUGCUUUUAUAGCUAACCAAUUCUUUUGGCUUGAACAACAAGUUGAUUUCAUU